AUGGCGCUUUAUACAAUAGAUGAAUUAAAUAAAAUGCAGAAAUAUAUCGACAAACAUCCUCCAGCAGUUAAAUACGUCUAUGAAGGUGCAACAGGUGGUGUUUUAUCAUCAAAUUGCACUGGAUUUAUUCCACAACCAGACGGAUCUAUUAUCAGACUGGAUAAAAAGUAUCCAGAAGGAACACCAGGCCCAGGUGCAUACGAUCCACAAAAGCCUUCUUUUCUACGCGAAACUCUUAAAUAUGUCAAACCAACAGCAGAGAAAAAAGACGACAAAGGAACACCAAGCUCAGCAGAUUACACACAUAUUCCUAAAGAAACGAAAAUUUACCAUAAACUGAAUCCAACAGAUCCAUAUCCACUAGAUCCAACACCAUUACACGGUGAUUUAACACAUCCAGACUGGACACCCAAGAAAUCCAAUCAAUUUCCAAAGAACAGAUUUCCAAAUCAUCAAUUCCGAACAUCAAAUGAAUCUAAUGUUUUCUUCAGUGACGUUCCACGCAAACUCUUUUCAGAUCCACCACGUGUUCCUGCUCCCGACAAGUACGCCGUUAUCACCGAUGGCAUUGGUGACAUCCAAAAACUUGACAAAAGUUCAGUUCCAUUUGUUAGUGGCUUUGAGCGAUUCAAAGAUCCACCAUCUAAAUCUCCAUCUCCCGACACAUACACAUUACCCGACGAAUUUGGGAAUUCUCGUUCCAUGACUAUGGUUCAAGAUAAUCCAAAAAUAUCUAAACUUAGUGAAGUUCUUCGUUCUCUUGACAAGCGUCCAGAUGCUCUUGAAUACAGUACUCCUAUCAUCAACAAACCAAAUACUAAACACGGUGACAGCUUUUUCCUCUCAAAAACAGAACGUAUGUCAGAACCAACAUUUCUUCCUCCUCCAUCGACUAAAUACGACAUCGAUCGACAUCCUCAUGCAUCAAAUAUCUCUAUCCGCAGUAAGGAACACCGUCAUGGCGGCAACUGGUAUGACACAUCACUUGGUAGCAGUCCAUCAUCUACUAAGUACACAAUUAGUCGAGAUAUUUCUAACAAAGGCGGCUACAUCUCUACAAUUGGUCAUCGUCCAUACACAUAUCAACCAGAACGUCCUUUAGCAUUCCGCUCUCUUCAUUCAAGUCUUGUCAAAGGUUCAUUCAACUCACACUACCGAUCUAUGCUUGUUAAAGAUCCACUAUAA